UGCCGGCCUGGCCCGGGGGGCGGGCGGGAACCCGGGCUGGGGAUCCGAGGGUGGGAGUGCUGCGUGGACUCGCGGUCCAGCCGGGGAAAACUGGGGCGCUGAGGGCUGGACACCACCCCCCCUGCCCAACUUGGGGACCUUCGGGGCAACUUCCCCGGUGCCAGCGCCUCCCUCGGUUCCCCGACUCAAGCUGGCGGCUCCCACCCGAGGGAUCGUAGGUGUAGGGGAGAGCGACAGUCUUGGGGUCCUGAGCGCGGCCCUGCCCAGCGCAAUCCUUCGGGUGCCCAGGACUGAGCCCCACCAGGAUUCGGCCAACCGGCCGCGCCCUCGGGUUGGGCGAAACGGGAGGACCCGCGGGGGAUGAGCAGGCGGAGUGCGCCUUUUAGGGUGGGGGUGACCGCGGUGCCAACACCGCGGGGCGGGGUAGGGGGCGGGGCCGGGCUCGACCCAGGGAACCCUGCAGCAGCGUGGGCCGGAGCAGCGUGGGGGCUCUAGCUGGGGCGCACCCUGAGCCCGGGGAAUCCUUUCAAGUUCUGGGUCCCCUUUGUUGCGCAGUGGAACCCCGGGGCAGCGCGGCCUCAUUGGCCUGGGACCAUGACGUCACGGCCUGGCCCCGCCUGACUUUUGAGGGAUCCUAGGGGGCCCUGGGAGAGUCGCACCUGCUGUGGACUCCUCCUUGGGUCUUGGGUCGGGCAUGCUGCGCGCUCCUGGCCCUGGAGAUGGGGCCCUCGUCCUGGAAAUGCUUCCCGGGUGGUGGGAGCAGGAUGGGAGGGAACUGGCCCCAACCGGCUCCCAGUGCCUGCGGGUCCCCAAGAAUCGGGACCAGCAAGUGUGCGUGUGCGAUGAGUGCACGCGUGUUACCAGCCUGGAGGUAGAGGGGCGCGCAGCUCCCACGGCCAGUCCCUGUCACGCUGCACCUAGAGAGAGACCUGGCUUCACCCCAUCCCAGACCACACUGCCCGGGAGCCCUGGGUCCUGACCUGGCCUUCUUUCCUGCCGUGUCCCCAGACAGUAGGAUCUGCCCUGCAGGGAGGAGGCUCAGAAAGAUCCCUCACUUCUAGGAAGGGACAAUGCUGUGCUCCCCAGCACUUUAGUUGGAGAGGCCAGGAGGUGGGUGUUGGGCUGGCAGGGUGUAGAUCCUGGCUCAGGCACAGGAUGGCGUAAGCAAAUGGCCUUACCUCUGGAUCACCUUUAACAGGGAUGUGCAGGCCAGGCCUGGUGCUGCUGGCCUGUAAUCCCCUGAUUUAGGAGGCUGAGGCAGGGGGACUGCUGCAAGUUGAAGGCUCGCCUUGGACUGUGUCUCAAACAAAAAACCAAAAAUAAAUAAAUAAAUGAAUAAAGAAAGAAAUGAAAUAGGCAUGGCAGGAGAACCCAUCACACAGCGUUGCCAGAGACACGGAUGAGGAGUGGGGCUGUUCGCAGGAAUGUGGUUCCUCCGUCUCCCUGUCCUGCUGCAAGGCUCCCUGAGGCCAGACCAGGGGAAGAGCUGGCACUGGGCAGUGUUGUGCUAGGGCAAGCCCAUGGUGCCUCCUCCCACCCUGCACCACUACUGAGCACAGGACCAGGUGGGCUGGCCUGGGCCAAGUCUCGGGGGUAGGUAGAACCUGAGUGGGCAUCCGAGGGAAGGCCUCCCACGGCACACCGAUGGCCAGGGCAAGUAGCAGUGAUGCCCGUCAGGUCUUGCUGGGUCCAAUUUGCUGCUGGAUAACAUGGAGUCACCAGGGCCUGCAGCCUCUGCCCACUCUCAAGCCCUGCAGGUUGCCAGGCACACCGAAGGCUGGCACAGCCCUGUGGCACCUCUCCUUGUGAGGCCAUGCCACCCUGGGUCCCGGUCUGGGUGAGCAUGUGUCCACCUGAGGUCUGAGCUCACCCUCACCUCCAAGUUUAGGGUCUCGGCCCUUGGCAGGCAUUUACUGAGCACCUACUGUGUCCAGACUGAAUCCUCCUGUGGGUCGGGGCACAAAGUGGGGGUCCCUGAGUCUCCCAGGGGAGUGGGCAGGCCAAAAGAACACCAGACAAGAUAAGCAGGGGCUGCCUCCCACCUGGCCGGAGAGCGUCCCUGUCCCUGCCCCAGAGCUGGGGGGUGGGGGGCGACCGUUGAUCAACACCACACUCAACACCACAGUGGCUUCUCCAUUCCCAGCUCUCAUCCUGGGCGACCCUGAGGCUGUGCCUGGUGUGGGAGCCUGUGAGUGGGGGGCACGGAGAGGGGACCAGUGAGUCGAAACAGGAUGAGAAGGGCUGAGUACCUGUCAUCAAAGCAACAGCGGGCCUCACUUGGCCUUGUCCCCAUGGCACCCACUGCAGCCCGUGUCCAGCCAAGGGUUGCCAGGCUGGAAGAGGGAGGAGGGAAGGAAGGGCCUGCCACCCCGCCCUCCGAAGGAUGGGGCGCCUUCCCCAGCCUGUGCCCCUGCCCAGAAGUCUGUGUCCCCACCUCACAUCGGAAGGUACUGGCAGCCGCUGUGGGGGGGUCAGGCUUUGGGCUCCAGGCUGUGUCCUGGCCUGUGCUGCCCAGGCCACCCAUGGCAUGAUCCUGACUUUAGAAACUUGGGGUCUGUCCACCCAGCUCCCCUGUGGCAGCAGUGUUACAGUGCCAUUAUAGAGUAGGACACAUUGACAGUGCAGGGACCUUGCCCAAGCACACAGCCAGUGCUGGAGCUUUACCCCUGGCCUGUGGCUGUGCCAGGGUUGUGCAUGGGAAGGCCAGCUGGAGUCUGACAGGAUAAAGCCUGCACCCUCCCUGGCAGCAGGGCAUAAGGGGCAAUCUGGAAAGGGAAAGGGAGGUUUGGGGCCUUCAUCCGCCCCAGCCUGGCCUUAUCUGCCAAAUGAGGUGGCAUAACUGAGGGCAGAAAUCCCUGCCACGUCCACUGGAGAGGCCUGGCGUGUACUCCUCCAGGAUUUGGAAAUAUCUGUCAGUGAGAGGUUUUGCUGUGGCACAGGGCCAGGGCACAUGUGAGGCAGAAGUGACCCUUUGGCUGGGCACACACCUGUAGUCCAUCUGUUUGGGAGACUGAGACAGGAGAAUCACAAGUUCAAGGCCAGCCUGGGCAACUUAGUGAGACCUGUCUCGAAGUAAAAAAUAAAAAGGGCUAGGGAUGGAGCUCGGUGGUAGAGUGGCCCAAGGUUUAAUCUUCACUACAGGGGGAAAAAAAGCACAACAGUAUCCCACUGGGCCUGCCCCUGCCUGGCCUGAGUGUGCAGGUGACCUGGAAUAAGGCCUGGGUGAGGAGUGGGCACCCUAUACAGACUCCCCCUGAGGGCUGAGGCCAUGCACAGGGAGCUCCAGAGGUAGCCAGAGACAGCAGGACCAGGCAGGAAGUGGCCCAAAGUUCCAGUGCUGGAUUCGGAGGGGACUCACUGAGGGCUCAUGCCCUGCUCCUCAGCUUCCCGGGCUCCCUGGUGUCCCCGAGCCGCCACCUCCAAAGGCUGCUGCUCUGUGAUGACGAGGAGGAUGCCUUGGGCCACCUGCCUGCUCCCUUCUGCACCAUGGGGGAUGAGCGGCGGCUGCCUGGCAGUGCAGUGGGCUGGCUGGCGUGCGGAGGCCUCUCCCUGCUGGCCAACACCUGGGGCAUCCUCAGUGUGGGUGCCAAGCAGAAGAAGUGGAAGCCUCUGGAGUUCCUGCUGUGCACGCUCGCAGCCACCCACAUGCUCAACAUGGCGGUGCCCAUCGCCACCUACGCCGUGGUGCAGCUGCGGCGGCAGCGUCCCGACUACGAGUGGAACGAGGGCCUCUGCAAGGUCUUUGUGUCCACCUUCUAUACCCUCACCCUGGCCACCUGCUUCUCCGUCACCUCCCUCUCCUACCACCGCAUGUGGAUGGUGCGCUGGCCAGUCAACUACCGGCUGAGCAACGCCAAGAAGCAGGCAGUGCACACAGUCAUGGGCAUCUGGAUGGUGUCCUUCACCUUGUCCGCCCUGCCCGCUGUCGGCUGGCACGACACCAGUGAGCGCUUCUACACCCACGGCUGCCGCUUCAUUGUGGCUGAGAUUGGCCUGGGCUUCGGCGUCUGCUUCUUGCUGCUGGUGGGCGGCAGCAUGGCCAUGGGUGUGGUGUGCACUGCCAUCGCCCUCUUCCAGACGCUGGCCGUGCAGGUGGGGCACCGGGCCGACCGCCGCACCUUCAUGGUGCCCACCAUCGUGGUGGAGGAUGCACAGGGCAAGCGCCGCUCCUCCAUCGACGGUUCGGAGUCAGCCAAGACCUCACUGCAGAUCACGGGCCUGGUGGCCACCAUCGUGGUCGUCUAUGACUGCUGCAUGGGCUUCCCUGUGCUGGUGGUGAGCUUCAGCAGCCUGCGGGCCGACGCCUCCGCACCCUGGAUGGUGCUGUGUGUGCUCUGGUGCUCCGUGACCCAGGCCCUGCUGCUGCCUAUGUUCCUCUGGGCCUGUGACCGCUACCGGGCGGACCUCAAGGCUGUCUGGGAGAAGUGCAUGGCCCUCAUGGCCAAUGAUGAGGACUCGGACGACGACACCAGCCUGGAGGGUGGCAUCCCCCCAGACCUGGUGCUGGAGCGCUCCCUGGACUACGGCUGUGGAGGUGACUUUGUGGCCCUGGACAGGAUGACCAAAUAUGAACUGUCUUCCCUGGAGGGGACCCUGCCCCAUCUCUACCCACUUCGGCCCCUGCAGGAGGACAAGAUGCAGUACCUGCAGGUCCCGCCCACGCGGCGCUCCUCGCACGACGACGACGCGGACGCAUGGGGCCUGCAGCCGCGCUGGGGCUCUGGAGAGGACCUGGCGGCGCUGGCGCUGGCGCGGCUCGUGCUGCCCGCCGGACUCCCCGGUCGCCGCGGCAGCCUGCGCGCCUUCGCCGAGGACGCGCCCCCGUUCCGCGGGCGCCGCCGCUCCGCCGAGAGCCUGCUGUCGCUGCCCGCCCCAGACGGGCCCCCGCGCCGCGCCCACGACUCGCCCCCCGCCAGCCCGCGCCGCCGCCCGGGGCCCGGCACGCGCUCCGCCUCGGCCUCUUUGCUGCCCGACGCCUUCGCACUCACCCUCUUUGAGCGCGAGCCGCACGCCCUGCGCCGCCAGCCCGCCGUGCCGCCCGGCCACGCCCCCUCCUUCCCUGCUCCCCCGCCUCCCGGCCACGCCCCCACGCCCCCUGGCGCCCCCGGCGCACAGCGCAGCCCCGGCCCGCGCCGCUGCGCGCGUGCGCACACCAGCCCGCUGCAGACCGGCCUGAGCGCGUCGUGGGGCGAGCCCGGAGACCUGCUAGAGGCAGGCGCUGGCGGCAGCACCAGCAGCUUCCUGAGCUCGCCCUCAGAGUCCUCAGGCUACGUCACGCUGCACUCAGACUCACUAGGCUCUGCGUCCUAGGGCGCGGUCACCAGGCCAUCCACAGGGACCACAGCAUCAAAGAUGCCACCUCUGCCCCACGCACCGCGCGCAGAAAUGUACCACCCGACCCGGGGGUGAGGAAGCAAGGGCCUCGGCGCCGCUUUUUGGUUCCUCCCUGCCGCUGUUUUCUGGAGAGACGAUGGCCGCCCUAGAAGACCACAGUAGGCACGGACCAGCUGGGCGCGCCCAGGCAGAGGGCAGAUGGCCUUGGGUACUGAAUGGCAUCUGCUCGUCGGCUGCACCCUGAGCAGCUGGGCCCGGGUGCAGCGGAGCCUGGGACAGGGCCACCGUCAGAACAGAGCCCACCUGGAACCAGAAGCCACUGGAGUGUCUGCAGCUUUCCACUCUGCCAGGGGUGCAGGGGGCGUCUUUUAAGCACAGGGGUUUUCAGGGCCCAGACAUGCUCUCUAAGCGGGUCCUCAGGGCUGUGACUUGCUCUGCCUCAGUUUCCCUAUCUGUGAGGAGCAGGUGACCAUGUUAUCUCAGGGCUGUUGGAAGAAGCCUCAUGUCCAUGUGCUCUGGCCUCUGAGUGGACCAAGAGUGCAAGGUCCUGAGACCCUCUGAGGGUCCCUCGUGAAGGUCAGUCUUCAGCAUGUGGCCCCUCUCCCUGUCCCUUGCUCCCUCCCCCCCCAUUCACUCCAGCCCAGUUUAGCACAACACUUGCACCAUCAAUAGCUCUGCGCUCACCAUUGUUAGUGACCCCACAUUUACUACCUGCCAUUGUUGCCUGUUCCCCUAUGUGGCCACCUCUGUGACUCCCACCACAAAGGCCGUGGGUCCACAGUGCAGAAGGUUCAGCAAAGGGGAAGUGAGUUCCUUACCCCAGUGUCCAAGGCCCACCCUCCACUCCCUGGCAGGAUUGCUCUUUGCUGUCCCUCCUGGGCAGACCCACUGCAGCCCUGGGUUCUGCCCUGGGCCUGGGUCUUUCCAGGCAAAGGAGAGGCCCAGAAAUAGCUGUGGCCUUGAGAUGGAGAAACCCCAUUGUAACCAUGCAUUGCCCCCUUGAUGUGGAGACCCGGAGCUGGUCUGGGGCCAGCCAGAGCCACCGUGUCCUGUGUCCUCUGCCCUGGAUGGCCUGCCCCAUCUCACUCUCCAGGCAGGGCUCCAUUUCCCGAGGACGCCCCUCAACUCAACUUCUGUGGGCUAACUGGGGGAUGAGCUGGCCACAGGUGAACAAGGCAGGGGUCUGCAGUCCAGUCCCCGCCAUGGGAGGGGCCGGCCUUGGCCAGUGCUGCUGUGCCUUCACAUGGGGAGAGGCCACCAGCUAGCCAAUGUGUCACCUUCUUUGUGUAUAUCAUAUGCAAGGCAAUACUUGCAGUGGGGACGUUGUUUCCCCCAAAUCACCCCAGCCCUGGUUUUUAUGGGAUUUAGCAGGGACCUGGGGCACUCUCCCACACUUUGUCUAGUCUCCAGGCCUGGUUAUAAGGAGCUUAGCCGAGGACUUCCCGGGAGGGAGCUCCGUCGACACACCACCAGCCAGCCUGGAGCCAGGGAUCCGUUCGUAGUUUUUUGACAACUGACCAUUUCUCUUCUGUACAGGACAGGAUAAAAACUUCCUUAUGAUUUGCA